UCUCUGCCCUCCUAGUCACGGCGAGCCGCAAAGGCGGCAGCCCGUUCUCCGUUGGCUCCUUCAUUGCGCCACUUCACAUGUUACCGCGCCGCUGGCUUCCCAUUGCACGGCGGCUGGGCUUCAUUUGCAUGCUACCGAGGGCCGCCGCCAAUCAGGGCCUCGAAGCUGAACGCCCCGCUCUCUAUGGAGGACAGGGCGUGGCGGGACGCGCAGGCGCGGCAGGACCUUCCUUGUGCUUAGGCUUUGAUUGCUGUAGCGAGGGUUUCUCUCUCCUCCUCCUCCUGCUGCUUUAAGACCCGGCCGGGUUUGGAGCAGAGGGAAGAAAAGGCGGCACACGGGGAUCGCGGUUUCUUUCUGUUGCGGGUGCAAGUGGCAGGGUCAAGCUCAGCCGUUGCAUGGUUGCUUUUUUUUUCUUUUUAAAAUAUAAUUUCUUGCAAGAAAGCCGAACACAGCACUUCCUUAGUUAUAUUAUUAUAUAAUAAUAGUGCAUUUUUUUUUACAAAAAAGGCUUUUGCAACUAACAAUCUGCAGAAAGCAGUUUUUUUUUUAAAAAAAAGGGGGUUGCGUGGGAGUUUUGUUUUCCUCGAGAGUAAAGUACAAGCGAGAUGUCUUAUCAAGGGAAGAAAAAUAUUCCACGCAUCACGAGUGAUCGCCUUUUGAUCAAGGGUGGUAAAAUAGUUAAUGAUGACCAAUCUUUCUAUGCAGACAUUUACAUGGAAGAUGGAUUAAUAAAACAAAUUGGAGAGAACCUGAUUGUGCCAGGGGGAGUGAAAACUAUAGAAGCUCAUGGACGGAUGGUGAUCCCUGGAGGAAUCGACGUCCACACUCGAUUCCAGAUGCCUGACCAAGGGAUGACCUCUUCUGAUGACUUCUUCCAAGGAACAAAAGCAGCUUUAGCUGGAGGCACCACUAUGAUCAUCGAUCAUGUUGUUCCUGAGCCAGGCACCAGUCUGCUCUCUGCAUUCGACCAGUGGCGAGAAUGGGCAGAUAGCAAGUCCUGCUGCGAUUACUCUUUGCAUGUGGAUAUCACAGAGUGGCAUAAAGGAGUUCAGGAGGAGAUGGAAGCCUUGGUGAAAGAUCAUGGAGUCAAUUCUUUCCUGGUGUAUAUGGCCUUCAAGGAUCACUUCCAACUCACAGAUUCUCAGAUCUAUGAGGUCCUAAGUGUGAUCCGUGACAUUGGUGCCAUAGCUCAAGUUCAUGCUGAAAAUGGGGACAUCAUUGCUGAGGAACAGCAGAGGAUCUUGGAACUGGGAAUCACUGGCCCCGAGGGGCAUGUUUUGAGCAGGCCAGAAGAGGUGGAGGCUGAAGCUGUGAACCGGGCGAUAACCAUUGCGAACCAAACCAACUGCUCCUUGUAUGUCACCAAGGUGAUGAGCAAAAGUGCCGCUGAAGUUAUUGCCCAGGCCAGGAAAAAGGGCACUGUGGUGUAUGGUGAGCCCAUUACUGCAAGUUUGGGCACUGAUGGGUCACACUACUGGAGUAAAAACUGGGCCAAAGCAGCUGCCUUUGUCACCUCUCCGCCGCUGAGUCCUGACCCAACUACUCCGGACUUUCUUAAUUCUCUGCUGUCUUGUGGAGAUCUCCAGGUUACUGGCAGUGGCCACUGUACCUUCAACACUGCCCAGAAAGCUGUUGGGAAGGACAACUUUACUCUGAUCCCUGAAGGAACCAAUGGAACUGAGGAACGGAUGUCCAUCGUCUGGGAUAAAGCUGUGGUUACUGGUAAGAUGGACGAGAACCAGUUUGUAGCCGUGACCAGCACUAAUGCAGCCAAGAUCUUCAAUCUGUAUCCACGAAAGGGACGCAUUGCUGUGGGCUCUGAUGCCGACCUGGUGAUCUGGGACCCAGACAGCGUCAAGACAAUCUCAGCCAAGACUCACAACAUAUCUGUGGAGUACAAUGUCUUUGAGGGCAUGGAGUGUCGUGGGUCACCGCUGGUGGUCAUCAGCCAAGGGAAGAUUGUGCUGGAGGACAGUAACCUCCAUGUGACUGAGGGCUCUGGACGAUACAUUGCCCGGAAACCCUUCCCUGACUUUGUUUACAAGCGCAUCAAGGCAAGGAGCAGGCUGGCUGAGCUGAGAGGUGUUCCUCGUGGCCUGUAUGAUGGUCCAGUCUGUGAAGUAUCGGUGACACCGAAAACUGUCACACCGGCAUCCUCAGCCAAGACGUCUCCAGCGAAACAGCAGGCCCCGCCUGUCAGGAACCUGCACCAGUCUGGAUUUAGCUUGUCUGGUACAUACCUAUGUGCACAAAUUGAUGACAAUAUUCCACGCCGUACUACGCAGCGCAUUGUGGCGCCCCCCGGUGGCCGUGCCAAUAUCACUAGCUUGGGUUAAAAAAAAAGCAAAGGGGAAAAAACAUGGCCGCUUAGCGGAUCAUGGGAGAGGGUGGGGCACUUGAAGACCCUUUUUUUGAUUCUUUUAGAGCCUGUGAUGGUUACUGCGGGCAACCAACGGGUAAGGCCUAGUUGAGGCCGCAGUUCCCUAGCCCCUUUGUUGUCAAUCUCUUCCCACACACACCCAUUUUCACAGAAUCUACUCACUUCCCCCUUCCUACACAUUUGGAAACACCCCCUUUCCCCCGUUUUUGACAAAUGGGAGAUGCGGGAGGGGGGAGAAAAGCACUGAAGAGUAGAACUUGUGGUUUAUGUUACCAUUAACAUAUUUUUCUUUUUCUUUUUUAAAAAAGGAAGGAUAAAGUGAAUUUCCCAAGAGCUGCUUUUUAUUUUAUUUUACUUUUUGCAUACAUGAAGGUUUGGGUUUUAACUGUUGGAAGGAGGGAUUAAAAAAAACUGAGGGUUUAAACUGGAUGUUUCCAAAACUGGAUUUGUGUCUGUGCAACUUUAAAAACAGAAUAUGGGAAUAAAUGUCCCCCUCCCCCAGUCAAAUGUGUAUACACUCUCCUUUCAAAUUAGAGGAAGGUAGAAUUUGUGCUGCUAAGGGUUCAGUUGUGGCAGGGAGGGUUGUAGCCCAUAGAGUUUUAAUACUCUAAUCCCAUCCUGGAAUUGAAGGAUCAUUUGUUGUUUGUUUCCUUGAUUUAAUAGGUGUGUGUUUGUGUGUGUGAACGUGCAUGCUUGCUCCUGCAUGUUAUAUUGUUGUGUUCUGAGAUGCCUUGUUUUAGAAUUAAGCUCAUCUUUUGUCCCUCCAAGCCGUUUGAGGCUCAGGGUCCCGCUGGUGACACCUCGUUAUUGCCAUGGUGCCACAGGAAUCUAUGUGUAAGAUAGUUACUUAAUUUUUGCAUCAGUUCCACCUUGAUUUUUGGUGUCCAAACAAUUAUCUUUGUGAAGUGGUCCUCCAUUCCCCUUUUCCUAAGGAUAUCAGAUUCUGGAUAGGCUGGGUUACCAUUGCAUCUCCAUCAGCUGGAGAUCUUUCUAAACACCCAACUCUUCAUUUCAUGGGUUCAGACAUCAUUUCAGAAGAUCUAGCCAGGAAACAUGCUGCCACACAAUCUCCAUGCUUAAAAAAAAAAUUAAAUCCAGCAUCUCCUGAUUUCAAGAGAAUUUUGAAAAAAAGAAAGAAAUCGCUUUAAAACACAGUCAGUCCAGUCUUAUCAUGGAUACACCACCAGAAAGUUCACCAGAGGACAUAACAGUGCCAGGAUUCCCCUCUUUCUCACGUGCAAGCACUGUGUCAGUCACAUACAGAGAGGGGAAGGCUUGCUUCCACCUUCUGUGUUCCCCUGUCUGCCUCUUUGCCCCACGUCUGCCUCCUGUACCCUCUCCCUAUCCACUUCUUUGGCCUGUGCCCACCUCCCAUUCUCCCCCUCCACUCUUCCCCCACUCUACUUAGUCAAGAGAUGCAGUCUCACAGAUGAGCUUCCUUGAGUUAAGUAGAGGAUAGACUGAACAGGGAUCUGUGUGGUACUCAUUAUUAUUUAUUUGAUUUGUAUCCCGCCCUUCCUCCCUUCCUUUCUUGGGCUGCCUUGGUACGGUGCCCCUCACACAGUCAUCUGUGCAUGACUGUGUGUGGAGGGAAACUGGGUUGUGUUUUGUCAUAUGGCACCCUCUCUGGGUUUUACAUCUACAAUGGCACUGAAUUAGCAGGGAGGUCAGUCUCAAGGGCAGUGUCUGGGUACUGACCUUUAAAUUGCUUCUGUCAGUAGAGGCCAUUGCACUCUUAUCAAGUUGAUAAUGUGCUAAGCUGUACUUCAAACAUUCUGCCUUGUUUUGAUGCACCGCUGUGCGGAAGCACUCAAUCAGACCUAUGGGGAAUCUGACGCAAUUCAGAGGCCCUUUUAAAUGUGCUCCCAGCUGCAUACGGGCUGUCUGCCUUUAAGCGGAUCACGCAUGGCUACUGUAUCAAAAUGAUCCGACCAUAUGAGUGGGACCAAUAGCAGAAUCCCUGCAGAAUCUGAAACUGUGAAGCUUCUUAGAUUUGGAUGUCCCAAGUUGGGAUGGCAUCCAUUAACUGCUGCCACUUCGAAAGCAUUCCAUUGACCUAACAGCUGGUAGCAAUUUGAAUUUGUUCUUUGUCCUCUAUCCACUACUUUUACCGGUUCAAAUUGUUUUCUCCCAAAAAUAUUGAUGUAUUGAUAUUUUGAAAUGCAAUAUCGAUAAAUGAAAGGAAAUAACAAUAUUUUGAAAGGAAAGAUCGAUAAAGGAAAAUAAAGUGGUUUUGCCUCCCCCUUCUCCUCGUCUGUGACAGGGUGGUCAGUUUUCAUGUCAGCAAGUAGAGACCAGCUGUUUUUCCUUUUGGAAAGGAAAGGAGGAAAGCAGUUUUCAGUAACCCCCUAUCCCCCACAUCCUUGGCAAUCCUAGAGUCCUUAACAUAGGUGAGACUCUGUAGUCUGUAGUCUUGCUUUUUAAUCAUUUACCAGAUUAACACUACAGAGAUUAGAAGGUAAAGCUAGAGAAUCUAACCCACAUUAGAGACUCGAAGGCUAGGUUUGUCUUUUAAUCUCUGUUAGGCUUGGCUUGCUUCCUCCCUGCUUGGAACUUGGAUUAUUAGAGGGGGUGCAGAGAGAGAAACCUGCACUGCUGUACUGUGCUGUGAGUAAAAUCUGUAAGAGAACAAUAUAUUUGCGGGGGGGAUCUGGUGUUGGGAAAACCAUUGAAGGUCAGAGCAAAUAGGAUCGCUUUGCAAAGAUGGAGAAUAUGUGGACCAUUGAAAAAUCUGGUGCUAAAUCUGAAUUCAGCUGAAUUCUCACCCAUCGCUUGUCCCACGUAUAGCCUGUGAUCUCCUGUUCCUGAUUGUUAAUGAGGAGGUGCCAAAUGAUCAGCCCUAAUAAAGAGCACAUGGCAGGUGUGGGGAAUCUUUGGUCCUUCAGAUGUUGCUGAACUACAGAGCCAUCAUCCCUGUCCAUUGGCCGUACUUUCUGAGGUUGAUGGGAGUUACAUAUGCCACACCCAGCAUUUGGAACUGUUACAUUGAACCUUAUGAUGAGUUUUUAAUUGUGAAGACAGCAUAACCUCCUUUGCUUUGCUCAUCCAUUUAAAAUUUUUUAAAAUUGAUAUUUUGCCACGUUUUCCUUUAAAAAAAAAAAAAAGAACAAACUCCUGUUUGUUUAGAUGUUGGUUGAUUCUUUGGAAGGAAAAGUAAAAAUAUAUCCAGGUCAAUGUGUUUUGUCCUUUAAAAACUGACAUAUGUUGAAAUGUCAUCUUUGAAAGUGGCUCUAAUGCCCAUUGCUCAAAACAGGUCUGCCAUGCCGAGCCAGAUUUUUUCCAUGGUGAGAAAAAUGGGAACAGAAGUCUCCUUGGAAUCUGGAAGCAGGGCUAAGAGAUUGCAGAGGCAGAGUGCCCUAGAGACUGAACUCUCCUUAAGAAACCUGGCUUAUGUAUGGAAUUCAGUCAUGUAUUCAGAUAACCCAGAGGAGGUUGUGUCACUUGAGUCUGCAGAUGAGUCUGCAGAUUUCUAUUUUAAAUGUUCUGCUAUGUAAACAGCUUCCUGCAAGUAGAAAGCUAGGAGAACAGUGGAGGGCAGUGGUUGUGUUAAAAUGUCCAUGAUGUGAUUUUUUUUAAUUGCAGGGAGGGUUGUGUGUGUGAGAAUGAGAGAGUAAAUGUGGGGGAGCAUUCAGAAUGUUACUCUCCUUUGCAGGCAGAAUUCAGUUGCUCUAAUCUCCCACUUCAUUCUCACCCAUGUGUAGACCAGGCCUAGAACACUUGUGCUUCAGAUUCUCUCCCCCCGCCAGUUAACAGCUACAUAAUGUGCUUGCCCCUUGCUGGCCCUUUCAGGAGCCACAUGCCUGGUACAGAGAAGAUGUGGAUUCCGAAUGUUGCCUGUGUACUCUGCUAGGAGGGGUGGGGGAGGAAGUCUUGAGCCCUGUUCAUUGCUUCCUGUCCACCAGGGCUACUCUUCCAAUCCUGACACUCACAUGCCUCAACCCCUGCAUAUUUUCCAGAUGUAUACAGACCCGUAGACAUACAAGGCACUGUUGAUGGGGACAGUGGGCACAUUGUCACUUCCCCUUUCACACAGUGAGCUUGCAUGCGAGGGCUGUUGACAUGUUACAUGAGUCUCUGUAAGUGUACAGUCUGUGUACACAAAAGGCACUGAAGACAGGUACAUGCUGUCUCUACAGGUGUUUGCAUGAAUAACUGUCCAGUUGUUGAUUUGUACAGCUCAACUAUUGUGUACACAACUGUACACUUGUUGAAUGUUACAUGUUGAUAACUACAAGUGACCAGCUCAGUUAUCUGUGUACACAGUUUGUACAUUCACUGAAUAUUUUUAAUUUUAUUGCUUAAAAAGAAAAAAGAUAACAAUGCCAUUAUUUUUUAUCAUAAUACAACCGACAUAAGAAUCUUAAUUAUACAGCCAGGAGAGUGGUUGUAUGCUAUAGCCAGCAUGGAUUUUUCACAUUCCACCAUGUUAAAUUGAAAAUAUCCCCCAUGCCAUUCUGCUGCUUGCUAUAAGCUAAUUUCAAAACAAAACCUUAUAAAACUUAUACUCCAGAACUCAGAAACGUUUGCAUAACAACACUCUUAAGUUUUCAUGGCGAUACUCAAAACACUCAGAGAAAAUCCAGACUUUACCAUCUGAAACAUGAGUAAAAACAUUGAGACGCCUGUUGGACUUCUUUCUGUCAGUGGUCUCAUAAUUUGUUGAAAUGAAUUAAAAAUCAACAAGUUCACAGAGUACCUGUAAUCCUAUUACUGACCUUGCCCCAUACUCUCACCUUCAUCUUCUGCAGUUUAAAAGUUAAAACAAAUCCUGGCUGAUUUUUAAUUAAUUUAAGAAAAUUAACACUGGAGUCUAUGAUAGUGCAGGCAUGCUCAGUAAGCACCAACUGUCAGUGGUCUAAAAGCCAGACUCGCAGCUGUUUGGCUUGAAUAAUUAGAGGGCCACACCAGACAUUGAUUCCAUUUUAAACAGUCAUAGCUUCCCCCAUAGAAUCCUGGGAAGUGUAGUUUGUGAAGGGUGCUGAGAGUGGUUAGGAGACUCCUAUUCCCCUGACAGAGCUCCAGUGGCCAGAGUGGUUGAAUAGUCAGUCCCUCUUCUGAUUGUAGCUCUAUAAGGGGAAUAGGGUGUCUCCUAACAGCUCUCAGCACAAAUUACACUUCCCAGGAUUAUUUGGGGGUAGCCAGGACUGUUUAAAGUGGAAUAAAUGUCUGGUGUGAAAGUAGCCAGGGACAGCUUUGGUUUAAAUUUGAGUGGGAGACUACAUAUGUCUGCUGUAGUAUAAAAAGUUGGAGAAACUGCAAAAAAAAUUAUACUGUUAACAAUGUUUCCUUUUGAAAAGGAAAAGGGCUUUGUCUCUGCCCAGUGCCCACCUACCCAAUCUCCUCCCCCUCCUUUCCCUCUCCCCUCCCUGCCCCUCCCCCAGGUCAGUUUCAUCUAUCCUCAGCAUGACUGCACAGGAGUAUAUCCUGUUGAACUCAGUAAGCAUGCAAAUGGUCAGACCUGUCCUCGCCCCAUCACCUUCCCUUCUGUCAUCUCCCCCUCUGCAUUCCUCCUUCCCUCUCCCCUCCUCCCUUCAUCCCCUCCCCACUCUGGUCCCCUCCCUUCCCCUUCUCUUCCCCCCAUGGUCAGUUUCACCUAUCUUAAGCAUGAUUGCAUGGGAGUAAAUCCCAUUAAGCUGAAGCAUGUAAACAAUCAGUCCAUUCUCAGCAAACUUGCACAGGAAUCCAUUUCUUACCUCCCAUAUUUAAAAGCAGAGAAAUUCACUAAUAGGCAAAAAAAAAAAACCCUUGCGAUUUCAGAACGUACCUAUAGCCAACAGAUAUUUCUAUCAAACUUCAAAAAGCAGGGAAAUUGGGCAGCUAUAGUGAAUGCACCAGGGGAGCAGGAGACCUGACCUCUCCGAGAUAUUGUACUACCCUACAAAUUUGUCAAAACGCAAACACCAUUUGGGUUGGUCUUUCACAGUCCAAUCCACUCCCUGUGUAGCUUGGAAUAAUUUGGUGACAUGCCUCUGAGCACAGAUAGAAAUAUCUGUUGGCUGUUGGUACGUUUUUAAACUGCAAGGGUUUUUUUGCCUGUUAGUGAAUAAAAUCAUUAACCAAAACAGCAGAUGGAUCUCAAAAUUCAAAAUAUUUUACAGAAAAUUAUUAACAAAGCCCUUUUGAAAACCAAAUUGUCCUGGAAGCUACUUGUAGUUGUCCACUUAAAACCAUGUUCAUUUGUAUACUUUAUGAAAUUCCACCAGAUGGCGCCAAAGGCCUUGUUCUAUCUUGUAAACAGUAACGAUUGUGUGUUAUUUCAUCCAGAACUUCUGUGCGCCAUAUAUUUCUAUACCAUACCUCUAAAGCUAGUCCUUCCAAUGUUUUCUACCUCCAUACGUUCAGUGAAUAUAGUGUGCAAAUACCCCUUUACAGUGAAAUUUCACACUUGUACAGAUUUUCAAACAUGGCGUUCAGCAAGCUAGAAAUUGAGAAGUGUGGCCUCCUGUGCAGAGCUUGGACCUUGUGAUCAGGCAAAUGGUAACAUCUAAACUGGCCUUUGGUGGAGGAUCCUUCCUGCAUUCCAUGAAUAUAAAAAAGCUGCCAAUUGAAUGCUGAAAGGUGGCAGAGAUUUGAAAUGGAUUUGCCACUUUUCACUUUUCCACCCUUAACAGUGAUGGCUGCUUAUCAUUCCAGACAGUUUCAGCUGAGUUUCAGUUCUCUUUUGUUUGCUUCAGAUAUUGCACUUUUUAUUAAAGGAUAAAAUAUUUAGUUAUGUGUAAUAUAUAUAUUUGCAGCUUUUAAAAAUAUUUGUUUUUUCCUUCUCCAUUUGCGCUUUAAUGAAUAUAAAAGUUCUGUUUUCGGAAGGAGGAGGGGUAAGUGACCAUGUGUUGCAUUCAAUCCUAGUCCUACCCAUGGAAAUUAACAGACAUGGCUAACUUUGGUUCAUUAAUUUCAGUGAGUCUCCUCUGAGUAGGACUUAGUUGAAUGCAACCCCAUGUUUCAGUUCUACGAAACGUGCAACUCUUUGCUAUUCACUUGAGUCUUCCUUUUUUCCCAUGUUCAUCUACAAUUUUGUUCUUAGGCCAUUUUAUGUUUUUUUAGGGGAAAAAGAAAGGUUUUUUUUAAAAAAAAACAAAAACAAACGUACGUUGCAGGCUAUAUAAGCAUGUCUUUUUUUCCCGUGGGAGUUUGCUCGCUUUGUGUGUCUGUUUAAUGAAUGUCAUAUGUAAAUGUUUAAAGGAAAUGACAUUGAACUUGGAAUUAAUUUGCCGCAGUGACUUGAUGCUCUAAAGGAAAAGGAAAAUAAUAAUAAUUUUAAAUAAUUAAACCAUGUAGAAUUACCUACUAGCUGGAUUUUAACCUUUGGGGUUUGUGCUUGUGACAUGGGUGAAGGAGCAGUAAGUGAUAUGCUUAUCAUGUGUGUAGACAACAGACGUACUGAUAAAAUUUGACCGUUCUCUCAAUUGUGCAAAAUCAUGUCAUAAAAUGAGUCUUGUGUUUUUUCUUCCUUACGAACUCUGUGUUAUAUUACCAUGGGAACUCCUAAUAAAAAAAA